AUGAAGGAGCCUGAAGUUGGAAUUCCCAUCUUGUUUAGGUGUCCAAUAAGUUUAGAUUUGUUUAAAGAUCCAGUUACUUUAUGCACAGGCCAAACAUAUGACAGAUCCAGUAUUGAGAAAUGGUUAUCUUGUGGGAAUUUAACUUGUCCUGUUACAAUGCAAAAGCUUCAUGACUCUACUAUUGUACCAAACACCACUCUUCGCCAUUUGAUCGAUCGAUGGCUUCAAAUAAACUCUAGUCAUGGUUAUGAUCUUGAUUACUUUCAAACAGUUGAUGAUUCAUUUGUUGUUCUUAAACACAAUCUUCAGUCAAAGGAGUCUACAUUGGAAUCAAAAGUUGAAGCAUUAGAUAAAGUUCUUGCUUUAUCGAAAGAUCUGCCUUUCGAAAACUGUCCCCUGAUUCAACUAGAUUUCUUCCAAAUGAUUCUUGAAUUAGCCUUGAACGAUGCAGAUGAAAGAUCAAGUUUUGAAGAAAAUGUCAUGUUUGUGGAGAAAGCAUUAGUUUGUGGAUUGAAGUUGUUGCCAUUUAGUGACUUGGGAACACUCAACAUGCUUAAACAAGAUGAAUCAAAGUUUACAAUUCUGUUCAAGAAAGGGAGUUUUAUGAUCAAGAAAAGCUUGUGUCAUUACAUAGUGGCAAUUUCAUCAUCUUUGCAAUUGAAGGAACUUUUAGUUAUGUUUGGUAAAUCCAAGAUUCUUGUUCAAGAACUUGUUCAUCUUAUUGAGAACAAACUAGAUGGUUAUGAAGAAUCAAUCAAAGCACUUUCAGCAUUAUCUUCUGUUGAGCAGAAUCGCGAAGUAAUAGCAAAAGAAAAUGCAGUUAAGGCAUUGAUAACAUACAUUGUGAAUGCUCCAAAGUGUGAAUAUAGAAGCUUGUUUGGACUUGUUAUGGCAAUGAAAACAAUUGAGGCAUUGCUAGUUGUAGAAAGUGCAAUAGAGGAUGUUUUGGAUCAUCCAAAUGGGGUUAGUGAAAUUGUGAAGAUGGUAUUUAGAGUUUCAUCAGAUAAUGAAGCAAGUGAAAGUGCAAUGAAUUGUUUAAUCAUUUUGUGUCAAGAUUUCAUCAAUGCUAGGGAAGAAGCUAUUUGUUCUGGAAUUUUGACUAAGUUGUUGUUACUACUUCAAAGCCAAUGUAGUGAAAGGACCAAAAAUAAGGCUAGAAUGUUGCUCAAAUUGUUGAGAUCUAUGUGCAAUGGGGAUACAAAAUGA